UGUUCCACGACUCUCCCCGCCAGCGCGCCUCUCAACCAGGGGACAUCAUUACCAGGAAGUAAACAAGCAACGUGGGCCAUUUUCAAUAAAGCAGCAGCAUGUCUGGUCAGGCUGAACUCUAUGUGCCCACUCACUUGCCGUGGGACAAGGUCCUAAGUCUGGAGCUCAGGAGGCAGGGCUACAAAGCAGCCACCAAGCGGUUGGCCAAAGCGCAGAAGGGGACGUUCCCCACCCAGGGGAGUGCGGCCGAUUGCAGCGAGUGGUGGGCACACUGCAAGAGGUGGAGUGUGAGCAAAGGCAAGAUGGCCAUUGCCGUCAUGGCAUGGCAAUACGACCCUAUGGUUAAGCAGAGGGACAGAGCAGCAAAGCAGCUGCAACAGCUCCAGAAAAGUGUGAAGGAUCAGGAGCAAGAGAUUACCUUGCUGAGGCAACAGCUCCAGGACCAGGAAGUGCAAACCAAGCAGCUGCAAAGCUUCCAGAGGAGGGUGAAGGGUCAGGAGCAGGAGAUUACCUUGCUGAGGCAACAGCUCCAGGACCAGGAAGAGCAAACCUGGCAGCUGCAAUCCACACUAAAAUUGUCUCAAGCCAGCGAACAACAACUUGCGGUGGAAAUGAGAUCUAAAGAUGAUCAAAUGAGGUCGCUGCAGCAAGAACUCAGUGAACAAAUGAAGGAAAAUAAGACAAUUUCCCUAAAAGUGGUUAAGUUGUCCCAAAUCUUGUUUGAUUCAAACUUCCCUUCAGAUGAGGAUAUACAUCUUGCUACACUCCCUGACCUGAAAGAAUACCAUUCCAAUCACAAGUUCUUGAAGAUAUUCUAUUCCUUAGGGGUAGAUCUUUAUCGCAUCUUCCAACUAGUCCAGACAAAAUUUCCCCAAAAGUCUUUGCAGACAGUAAAGGAUUUGAGAGAGCAUGACCUGUGUCUGACUGAUUCCUUAAACCAUGCAAACAUGGAAGCCCUGCUGCAGAGGUUCCACAAGUGUAUGUCAACAGCUCUCGGAUCAGCCAUGAAACAGUACCGUGUGCACCAGUCCCGGACCCAGAGAAACGGCGGGUCCAUCAAGGCCUACGGCAAGAGUAACGAAGCACCUGACAUAAAUGAUGAACGCGUCCUCUGUGACGUGCUGCAAAACGCAUGGGGCAAGUACGUGGACCUUAGCGUCUGCCUUUUCACGAGCUAUGGCGACCCGUUUAGCAGAGUUGCCCUCAAGUACUGCAACCAGAAGAUCCAGUGCGAGAACUGUGGCAACUACGGCCAUGAGUGGGAGAGAUGCCGGAGACCGGGCGGAGGUGACGAGGUCGGCCCUGACAAGUGUUACACCUGCGGCGGGCGUGGCCACUGGGCCAGGAACUGCUGGCUCUACUGGAACCGCUAACCUCCCCUGAGGGGAAAUGGUAUCCAAUCUUUUAAUUGACUCGUCUUUGUACACCUUCCUAUACCACUUCUCUUCCCCUUCUCUUUUUAAUGUGUAUAAUGGCUCCAAAAUAUGGUUACAUGUAUUUUAAAUCAUCCAAUCAAAUUCAAUCAAUUUGUAUAUAUUCUUGUCACAUAGAUUGUAAUUGUGGUAGUGAGCUUUACAGUGGGCCUCUGUCCUCUUCUGCUCCCAUUUAAGUAUUUCACUCCUGAAAAAAAGAUAAAAACUUGGUUCUUCAUGUUUUUAGUGGCUUUUGUCAAAGCAGGUGUGCACACAGCUGUAAAAGAGUUGUAAAGGAAAUACUAUGUGCUUCAGUGAUUCACAUACAUUCAGCACUAUCCUGUUCCCUAGGAAAAAUGUUUAUG